AAAGCACGACGCGGUAUAGUACCAUUACUACAAUAAGAGAAGUGUGCGAGAGAAGAAAGUUCUCAUAUUUCAGAACUCUAACGAAUAACAAAAAAAAAAAGUUAAAAAAUGGAGAAAGGUGGACUCGGGCUUGAGAUAACUGAGCUGAGACUAGGUCUUCCGGGGACGGAGAAGAUGAUGAAGAAGAGAGGUUUCACGGAGAUGAUCAUGACGUCUUCAGGAAGUAAUAGUGAUCAAUGUGAAAGCGGUGUCGUUUCAUCAGGUGGUGACGUAGAGAAAGUUAAUGAGUCUCCGGUUGCGAAAAGUCAGGUGGUGGGAUGGCCGCCGGUUUGCUCUUACCGGAGGAAAAACAGCUGUAAGGAAGUUUCAACAACGAAAGUGGGGUUAGGGUAUGUGAAAGUGAGCAUGGAUGGUGUGCCUUACUUGAGGAAGAUGGAUCUUGGUUCGAGCCAAGGUUAUGAUGAUUUAGCCUUUGCUCUCGAUAAGCUCUUCAGUUUCCAUGGCAUUGGAGUGGCCUUGAAAGAUGGUGAUAACUGCGAAUACGUUACCAUAUACGAAGACAAAGAUGGAGACUGGAUGCUCGCGGGAGAUGUACCAUGGGGAAUGUUCAUAGAGUCAUGCAAGAGGUUGAGGAUUAUGAAAAGAUCGGAUGCUACAGGGUUUGGGCUGCAGCCUAGAGGAGCAGACGAGUAAUAUGGUGACUUGACCAAGAAGCAAGGCACUGGUUGAAUAAUUUAACCUUUAAACUUGAUCAAGAUCCUUUAGAACAUUUUUCCUAUUCAUUUUAUAUAUAAUAUAUGUUAUAGUGUUAUUCUAUAAGACAAUUUAAGUUAUAGUUUGCAUAAUUCUCUUCAGAAAGUCAGCUACAUAUAUUUCUUGAGUAUUGAGUUAAGACAUUAAUUUGUUUAAGAUCCUAUGUUAUUCGGAUUCAUAUAGUAUAAUACCUGCAGGAAACCUUUGUAGCGUUUCCAUGAUUUCCUUCAAAAAUUUGUUAAUUAAUUUAAGCAUAAUUCACUUUGUUUA